CUAAAAAAGCGGACCGCGCCACAUAAACGCAUUUUGGCAGCUGCUUAAGCGAAUAUGCGGGUACCCGCACCCCCUUGUAUCAGAUCGCAUCAGAUCAUCGCAUCUUCUCCUCAUAUAUCACUGACACCGGACGAGUUUCAGUUUCAUUUUAAACAUGAACAACAUCUUUUUUGACUCAGAUCAUAGUUCCCCAAGAUGCCUUCGUCGAAGGCAAUGUUAGCCACCGCGCUGGCGAAAGCGAAUACCGCGGUUCAACUUGAUAAUACUCAAUCUUAUACCUUCGCUCGAAAAUACUACCAAGAAUCAUGCGUCCUCCUAUCCGCGCUCGUCGACAGAGCAUCGAGAGAGAAGGAUCGGGAAAAACUAAAAUCUAUCCGACAAACCUAUCUGCAACGGAUAGAACAGUUAGGAGGAACCGCACCAGAAGGGCUGUAGUUUGAGGAGAUACCCAUUGUGGAGUUAAGGAGCAUCCGUCGUUCAGGAGGAACAAGCGCGCAUUGUGUUUUCAUCUUAUAUCCCGACUCUACGAGAGUCACA